GGACCACUCGCCCUGCAAGCUCCGCCCGCCCCGCGCGCCCAUCCCACUCGGCCGGCCCGCAAGCCGGUGCUGGGGGAGGCCGCCGCUGCGGUGGCCUCGCCGCGGUAGCGCAGAGAGGAGGUGGACCGGGAAGCAGGAUGCAGGCGCUCCGCAGCCCGAGGUAAUCUCUAGGAUGGCGGGCAGGUUCCACACCUAGGAUCCCACCCCUGGCCACUUGAAAUGCGGACUCUAGAAAUGGCAGCGCGCGACCAUCGCAAGUUUCUAGCGACUGGAAACGAGGGGUCUCGAGAUCGACACUCGUUGAAUUUACAUUCCACGUCUCCUUUUCCGUCUUAAAUGCGUUGAUUUUAAACAAUGCAGAGACAAACCUCCUGAGUCACUGUGGGUUGUAAAUAUAACAAUGAAAGUUUUUUGCAUGGUGUGGUUCUUUGCUUUCGCGUGUUUAUUAACCUGUUAACUCGGGCUAGUCAGAAACUGGCCUUUAAAAUCCUCUUUGAGGAACAAGGGCAAGUUUCGCUGCUGCCUUCAGACAUCUGGCAUUUAUCAGCUUAGUUAGCAUCUGUCUUCCCUGAAGUGGUCCCAGCGCUGGUCCCUUGGAGAUGGGUCUCGCAUGUGUCACUCUUGCCCUCUAGUGCCUCACCCGCUUGGUAGCAGUCUGAUGGCUAAUAUUAAUAAGAUGUUACAUAACAUGAGGGGACUGGCCAGGACUGGCCUCACUGCCACUUGCAAAGGUGGAAAGCCCAACCGAAGCCUGCACAUGCUCCUCUUUCUGGCUUUUUUGUCUGUCGAUUGAAACUUUUCCCUGCAUUUUCCCGACUCUCUGAACUUUAAUUUCAGACUGUGUUUCCUGUGAGUCCUGACUGUGUAAUCCAGAUGUGCUGCAAUGGUGACAUAAACUAUUGACUGAGACCAGGGGCGUGGCUGAAACUCCAUCCUUCCUCCUAUUUUUUUUUAAAUGGUGCUUCUAUCAGAAUAGUCAAAGAAGUCCACCCAACAUGAGUUUUAUCAUGAAACUUCACAGACACUUUCAGAGAACACUGAUUCUGCUUGCCACUUUUUGUAUGGUAAGCAUUAUUAUCUCUGCUUACUACCUGUACAGUGGAUACAAACAGGAAAGUGAACUCUCUGGGAGGGCUUCAGAAGUGGACUGUGGUGACCUCCAGCACAUACCAUCCAGGCUGAUGGAAGUGAAGAGGACAAUGCUUUCUGAUGCUUCAAGGACAGAUCCCACAGUCCUGGUGUUUGUGGAGAGCCAGUACUCAUCCCUUGGCCAAGACAUCAUUAUGAUGCUAGAAUCCAUUCGAUUCCACUAUCACACUGAAAUCGCUCCUGGAAAGGGGGACCUUCCAGCCCUUACAGACAACGUGAAAGGCAAAUAUGUUCUCAUUAUAUAUGAGAAUAUUUUGAAGUAUAUAAACAUGGACUCUUGGAACAGAAGCCUCUUAGAUAAAUACUGUGUGGAGUAUGGUGUGGGUAUCAUUGGAUUCCACAAAACCAGUGAGAAAAACCUCCAGAGCUUUCAGUUCAGAGGUUUCCCCUUUUCCAUAAGUGGAAACCUGGCAGUAAAAGAUUGCUGUAUUAAUCCUCACUCCCCAUUGCUUCGUGUGACCAAAUCAUCCAAGCUGGACAGAGGUUCUUUACCUGGAACUGACUGGACAGUUUUUCAGAUUAACCACUCCACCUACCAGCCAGUGAUAUUUGCCAAAGUUAAGACUCCAGAAAACCUUUCUCCACCCAUCUCUAAAGGUGCUUUUUAUGCCACUAUCAUACAUGACCUGGGGCUUCAUGACGGGAUCCAGCGUGUUCUUUUUGGCAACAACUUGAACUUUUGGCUGCACAAGCUCAUCUUCAUAGAUGCCAUCUCCUUCCUGUCGGGAAAGAGGCUGACAUUGUCCUUGGACAGAUACAUCCUUGUGGACAUUGAUGACAUAUUUGUGGGGAAGGAGGGAACAAGAAUGAACACCAAUGAUGUGAAGGCCCUGCUUGACACUCAGAAUCUUUUGCGUGCACAAAUCACAAAUUUUACGUUCAACCUUGGAUUUUCAGGGAAAUUUUAUCACACAGGAACUGAAGAGGAAGAUGAAGGGGAUGACUGUCUUUUGGGGUCUGUGGAUGAGUUCUGGUGGUUCCCUCACAUGUGGAGCCACAUGCAGCCCCACCUCUUCCAUAAUGAAUCAUCUUUAGUGGAGCAGAUGAUUCUCAACAAAAAAUUCGCCUUAGAGCACGGCAUUCCUACCGACAUGGGCUACGCAGUGUCCCCUCACCACUCCGGCGUCUACCCUGUCCACGUUCAGCUGUACGAGGCCUGGAAGAAGGUUUGGAAUAUUAAAAUCACCAGCACUGAAGAAUAUCCUCACCUGAAACCAGCUAGGUAUCGGAGAGGCUUCAUCCACAAAAACAUCAUGGUUCUUCCAAGGCAAACCUGUGGGCUCUUCACUCACACAAUUUUCUACAAAGAAUAUCCAGGAGGUCCCAAGGAACUGGACAAGAGUAUUCAUGGAGGGGAGCUCUUUUUCACUGUGGUUCUCAACCCAAUCAGUAUUUUCAUGACCCAUUUGUCUAACUAUGGAAAUGACCGGCUGGGAUUGUAUACGUUUGUGAAUCUAGCCAAUUUUGUGCAGACCUGGACCAACCUGCGUCUUCAGACCUUGCCUCCGGCUCAGCUGGCCCACAAGUAUUUUGAGCUCUUUCCUGAUCAGAAAGACCCUCUCUGGCAGAACCCCUGUGAUGACAAACGCCACAGAGACAUUUGGUCUAAAGAAAAAACCUGCGAUCGUUUACCAAAAUUCUUGGUAAUAGGACCCCAGAAAACUGGUACCACUGCCUUGUGUCUGUUCCUGAUUAUGCAUCCUUCCAUCCUUAGUAACUCCCCCAGCCCAAAAUCCUUUGAGGAGGUACAGUUCUUUAAUAGAAAUAACUACCACAGGGGGAUUGAUUGGUACAUGGAUUUCUUCCCAGUCCCAUCUAAUGUCACCAGUGACUUUCUGUUUGAGAAGAGUGCCAAUUACUUCCAUUCAGAGGAAGCUCCUAAAAGGGCUGCUUCUCUAGUCCCCAAAGCCAAGAUCAUCACCAUACUCAUUGAUCCAUCGGACCGAGCAUACUCCUGGUACCAGCAUCAGCGAUCCCAUGAAGACCCUGCAGCUCUGAAGUUCAGCUUCUAUGAAGUGAUCUCUGCUGGGCCCCAUGCACCCUGGGAACUUCGAACCCUGCAGAAGAGGUGCUUGGUCCCGGGGUGGUAUGCCAGCCACAUUGAGAGAUGGCUUAUUUAUUUCCCGCCCUUUCAGUUGCUCAUUAUCGAUGGGCAGCAGCUAAGAACUGACCCAGCAACAGUGAUGGAUGAAGUCCAGAAGUUUCUAGGAGUCUCGCCUCAUUAUAAUUACUCUGAAGCUUUAACGUUUGAUUCUCAUAAAGGCUUCUGGUGUCAGCUAUUGGAAGAAGGAAAAACAAAAUGCCUUGGAAAGAGUAAAGGAAGAAAAUAUCCACCGAUGGAUUCUGAUAGUAGAGCGUUUCUGUCCAGUUACUACCGGGAGCACAACGUGGAGCUCUCGAAGCUGCUGCACAGGCUGGGGCAGCCUCUGCCAUCAUGGCUGAGACAGGAGCUGCAGAAGGUGAGGUAGCACGAAGAAGCAACGUGAAUCUCCUCCAGAGCUCACAGAAGCUACCAGAAAGCUGUCAAACACAUACCUCUUCGUCAAGGAAAACAAGCAAGGCUCCUUCCAUGUGCUGGCAUGUGGAUGAUGGUGGGGAGUGGGGGCGUAUCAAGUAUCUCUAAGAAGCUUCGUGGCCCGUGGCCUUCCACUCUGUACUCGUGUGGAAGCCCAGCAACAACCAAUGUAAAUUAAAUAACAAAAACAGAGAAACAAAACACGGAUACACACCUGUUCCAUGUGUCACACUAAUAUUUACAAUUUUGUAUAUCAACCAAAGUUGAAUUUCCGUAGAUUUCUGGACCAUUGUUUGACUGUAAAAUGUUCUUUUUGUUUUUGUUUCUGUUUUGACUCUGUGAAGUAUCUUCUACGAUGAUAAAUGUCACAUUGUAAAAUUCCAAAAGCAUGGAGGGAAAAAAUAGGCUGCCAGCAUAGCCCGGGACUGUGUGAGAGCAGAGACAGGAAGUGGGGUACCGGCUUUGUCUCCACUAAACAGAAGCAAAGGAGGUGCUGGAGCAAAGGCUUCUUGUGCAUAGCGCAUCGUGCUGGUGGAGCUGGAGCUCUGUAUUGCAAACUUGUCAGACAGCAAAGAGAAACCUAUUUGUACAUCAAAAUAGUAAGUACCCAUGGAAGAGCCCUGACUAAGUCCUCUGAGAGAGAGAUGGUGAGCAUCCAAAGGGACGCCACUGAGAAGAACACUGUGCUUUCCGCUGUAAGCUGUGGGUCUAUCCCGGUCACCUUCAGUUGUAGAGAAACCCAAGCAGAGUCUGCAGGAAGUAUCCUCUCUGUGACACACCGACCUUUAAAUGUGCAGAGCAGCUACUGAACAAACCCAGUUCCUUGAGGUGCUUUAUAAAGUCCUCAGACUGACAUUAUUGAAAAACUGCAUUUUUCCCGGUGAUCCCAAGGGAAAUUAUAUAAUGUACGGAUUUAUGUAAAAAUGAAUUACUAUACAAAUUUUAAUCUAAUAUUUGAAGUGAUUCUUGUGCUACAAAGUGGAGACAGCUGAGCAGGUCAAGUCCAGUGUUUGAGACUAUCUCACAUAUCUUCCACAUCCCUGCCCAACAGCGAGCAUAGUCCAAUAUAUGGACUAUCUGUGAAAACAAGCACAGAAGUGCAAAGAUGAACCUGGCUCUUGAAAUAUAUUCCAUUUAAAUUAAACGUGUGAGCCAGGAAUUCAGAACAAGAGUACAGUAGAUCAUACUUUCCUGUGUUAAUAUUUACCUAAUUUUGUAUUGUAAUUGACACAUGUGUAAAUAUUAAGUAGUACAUGCCCUGCUGUGACCACACAAGCUCUUAGAAAGUAUUUUACAAGACAUAUUUAGAAAAAAAAAGAUACGCAAGAAAGUCAAUGACCUAAAGAUUUGGACUGUCAUUAUCGUGCAUAAAAGUAUUCUUUCCGUUAUUUACCAGUUAGGAAACAGAAGUGGAAUGCUUCCUCUCACCGUGUAUUUCCUUAUACUCAUCACAGUUAUUGCUUUGUCUAUUUAAGGUUUUCCCAUGUUUUAUGUACUCACAGAACACAGUCAUUUUUAAGCACUUACCAGAAAGAAUUGAACAUACAACCCAAUUUUAAGAACCCUGACUGAGAAGCAAAAGCAAAGGACGGUGAGAUCAGCCUUCCCUCUUAUGGCUGUGGCUUCGGAAGCGUCGCCUGCCAAACCCAGCAGGACAAUCAGCCUUCACUUCCAUGUCCAUUCAUUUAAGAAAAUUGGCUCAAGGGGGUCGUGAGCCCUGGCAGCUCCAGCUGUUACAGUCUCACUGGCAACAGCCUGUCAGCUCGUGAAGGGAGUGAGGAGGUGAGUUCACAUGUGUCUCCACAUGUGAACUUCUGGAUAAAUUGGCUACUGACAUCCUUUAGUCUAGGUAGACGGUGCCUGUAAAGUAAACGGCAAAAAUAGCACUCAUAAUGAAUCAGAUAAAAGGAGAGAGGGCGCCAAGACCUGCUCGCUCACAAGUACGUGUUGACACAAUGUGGAACAGCAGCCCUUUGAAAGGGUUUUGACCACUCCGCAUGUCACAGAGACAGUUCCAAAUUCUCGAGGACACCCACAGGCUUCACACUGGGAGCUCCAGCUGGCUAUUAUGCUAUCCUGAAAGUAACAGAAACCUAUGAGAAAAGAAUGAGAGGGGACAUGAUUUCAAACUAGCUUUGUAUAGAAUUCUUUUUCAUUGCUUAGAAUAUGGGGCUUCCUCAGGAAGAAAUGAAAUGGUUAUUUCAAUGUUUAUAGCUAUAAUAUUCUUGUCAUUCACAUUGAAUGAAAAUUAUUGGGAACAUUUUUUCCUCUGGGUUUUUUAAAUUAAAAAAAAAAAACCCUCACUAUAAUUCUAAAAGUGGCAUGAUACCUCAUAUGUAUAACAAUAAACUCUGAUAAGAAAAUAAA